GGUACGCAGGCAUUAAGUACUGCUGUUUGAAACCUUAUCCUCUUGUUCAAACACAUCAACUUCAAACAGUUGAACAAUGCCAACUUCUUCCUCUCUCUUCUUCCUCCUCCUGCUACUGUACUCUCUCUCACUCACAAAUGGGGCUCAACUCAUACUUGUAAACAACUGCAAUGAAAGCGUAUGGCCGGGAAUACUCGGCGGCUCCGGCCACCCAACGCCAAGGAACGGUGGCUUCCACAUGAGAAGCGGUCAGGAGAUGGUAAUGGACGUGCCGGAGAAGUGGUCAGGGAGAAUAUGGGGGAGGCAAGGAUGUUCAUUCGACAGCAACGGAAACGGCUCGUGCGAGACGGGAGACUGCUCCGGCCUCCUACACUGCCGCGGCCUGGGCGGAGUUCCACCGGCCACGGUGGUGGAAAUGACACUGGGGUCCUCAACUUCGCCUCUGCAUUUCUACGACGUGAGCUUGGUCGAUGGGUUCAACCUGCCGGUUUCGAUGGGCCCGGUCGGGGGCGGAAUAGGGUGCGGCGUAGCGUCGUGUGAGGUGGACCUGAACAUCUGCUGCCCGUCGGCGCUGGAGGAGAGGAGAGGCGGCAAGGUAGUGGGGUGCAAGAGCGCGUGCCUGGCCAUGCAAUCGGCCAAGUAUUGCUGCACAGGCAGCUAUGGAAACCGCGACACCUGCAAGCCGACUCUGUUUGCGCAUCUCUUCAAGGCCAUCUGCCCAAAGGCCUAUAGCUAUGCUUUUGAUGACGUUUCCAGCCUCAACAAGUGCAGGGCCUCACGCUAUGUCAUCACUUUCUGCCCACCCACAUGAGGGACACAGGAGGCUUUUGGUGUCCUUAAUUUUGUUGAGCAGAUGAUUCCUUCCUUCCCUCUUUUUGGCUUUUGCUUUCUCUGUAAUUUGCAUGCAGCUCUAUACACACACAUAUAUAUUCUUGUUUGUGAUGGCAGAGAUGAGUGAUGAGUAAACAAACAAUUGGUGCUGCCAAGUGACUCCAUUUAUUAGAUGCUAUCCCAAAGUAAAUUAUAGACCAGCUUGAUUGCCUUAGCCUUUAAAACAUCACAUGAAAACCAUAGUGUAUAUGAAAUAUGUUGAAAGAUGGGAGUAUAUGAAAAA